AUGUGCAGAUGUUCAUUACACUAUUCUCAAAUUAAUCGUUUAACCAUGGCUGUUUUUCCUUUACCAAAAGUUGAUGAUAUGACAAUACGUGAAUGGUCCACCUGUACAGACACUAUCGAAAACACAAUUCAAUUUGCACAAACACUUGGCCUUUUGCCAGUGCUUCCACCAACACCAUGUCCGAAUGGUCACGAUAAUUGGUAUCUUGGUAAAUACUCCCGAUCGAUCGACAAAUACCAGUGGCGUUGUCGUGAGAAAAAUUGUAAACUAACCAGAUCCCUUCGGGAUGGUACAUUUUUCUCAAAUUCCAAACUGGAGCUCCAACAGAUCUUGGAUCUAAUGUAUUACUGGUCACAAGGAGUGGAUACUUACGACUUUCUUCAACGGCAGUGUAACUUCGGCAGCAAAUCCACAAUCGCCGACUGGAAGAAUUUUCUACGCGAUGUAUGCGCCGAACAUUUUCUUCGCCAUCCAGCGGAAAUUGGUGGGGUCGGACAUGUUGUUGAAAUCGAUGAAAGUUCAUGGACAAAAAGAAAGUUUAAUCGGGGUCGUGUAAUCAAAAAUCAAUGGGUAUUUGGUGGUAUCGACAGAGACACUCGGGAGUGCUUUGCUGUACUCGUUGAAAGACGAGAUGCAGCAACACUGCUCCCUAUAAUUCAACAACAUGUUCGCCCUGGCACAACUAUAUUAAGUGAUGAAUGGCGUGCGUACCACUCGUUGCAAAAUGGUCCUGGUGGCUAUAUCCAUCAAACAGUUAACCACUCGUUACACUUCGUUGAUCCAGUAACAGGUGUACACACCCAAAACAUAGAAAACAUGUGGAUGUGUGCCAAACAAAAGAAAAAACGAAUGAUGGGUAUGCAUGUUUCUCUGCUGGACACCUAUCUUAUGGAGUUCAUGUGGAGAAGACGAUUUCCGGAAAGACCAUUAGAAAACUUAAUCGCUCAAAUUUUUGAGCUUUAUCCAGUUUUGAAGUUAGAAUGA